UAUAUGCGCAUUAAUCUUCUUUCGCAGGCGAGUUUUCACCUUCUGCAAUGGCUUCCAACAAAAUUCAACGCUGCUCUUCCUCACAGACUAAGAAUUUUGAUGUGUUUGUUAGCUUUAGAGGAGAAGAUACUCGUAACGGUUUCACAGAUCAUCUUUUUGCCGCUCUUCAAAGAAAAGGAGUUGUUGCCUUCAGAGAUGACCAAACCAUCGAGAAAGGGGGCUUUUUGGAGUCUGAGCUCUUGCAAGCAAUCGAAGGAUCACGCGUUUUCAUUGUUGUUUUCUCAAAGGACUAUGCAUCAUCCACAUGGUGCAUGAAAGAGCUUACAAAGAUCGUCGAUUUGGUUGAAGAAACAGGUCGAAGAAGUAUGCUCCCUAUUUUCUAUGAUGUCGGUCCUUCUGAGGUCCGAAAACAGAGUGGCAAGUUUGCAAAAGCUUUUGCAGAACACGAAGAAAGGUUCAAAGAUGACUUGGAAAUGGUAGAAAAAUGGAGGGAAGCUCUCAAAGCAAGUUGCGAUCGUUCUGGGUGGGAUGUGCAAAACAAGUAAGUAUACACAU